CUGUCACAGUUAUUUAUUUUUAUACGUGGUUCGUGGCCCCAUUAGAUUAUAAUUAAAUGUUGUUUUAGCAAUUGCUGCACGAAAAUGCAUGCAAAGUUAAGCGAAAUGGAGUUGCGCAUUGUGGCGCGACUCAACGAGGAGAUCGGAAAGGAUGCCAGUCGGCUGAAUCGGGCCAGUCACCUAGUAAGCCACUACAAGGAGCGCCUCCAAGUUUUGUCCCAAACGCUUGACUACGAGGACGCCCAGAACGUGUCCUGCUACAAAUCCGCCUUCCAGUGCCAACAGCAGGUCUGUGAAAGCAUCGACUUUGAGCUGGAGAAGCUGGCCCAGUUCGGCGCCAAGCUGAAAAAGAAGCUAAAGGAGUGCCAGCCCGUCUUGGAAGGAGUAGCGGCGGAUUUGACGCAAGUACGACAACUGCAGCGUUUGACGCAGUAUCUGCGCCUGGUUCAGGACAUUCAGGAGAUCAGCGCCGCCCUGGGCAAUGCCAUUAAUGGCAAGGACGAGGCCAAGUUGGUCAAUAUCUACCUAACCCUGUACGAGGGCAACGACUGCGAGCACAGCGUGGUGGGACGACUACAGGCCGUGAAGGCCCAGUCCCUAAUAUCAUUCGCCGAACGCACUGCCACCUACUGGCACAAGCUGCUCCUCAAGCGCCUGUCCAGCGAGUUCGAGGCUGUGUUGAAGAGCAUGCGCUGGGCGCAUUUGGAACAGCAGGCCCUUAACUAUUCACCCACUCGAGACACUGCCAAGGCCCAGCUGCUGGCCGAAUACAUGUUCCUGAUCAAAUCUCCAGCCGAAGAGCACGCGCCGCUGCUGAGCAUCACGCCUAGCAUCGUGUGCCAACCCAUCAACCAGGUGGUGCAGCUCCUGUUGGUUCCCUAUCGCCAGCGUUUCACAUUUCACUUUACAGGCGCCAGGCAAACAAAUCGAUUGGAUAAGCCUGAGUGGUUCUACACACAGAUUCUUAACUGGGGCAAGGAGACGCAUUUCUUCGUGGGCAAAACAUUCCAGCCAUCUGCCAUAAAGGCAGGCAAACUGGACUAUAAUCUCAGGCUGGAGUUCAUGCGAGGUCUGGUGCAGUUAACAAUCGAAAAGCUUGCGGUGGACAUAGAGCAGAUUGCCCAGGACGAAAUACUUUUUGCCCAUCUGCUCGAUGAGACACUGGCCUUUGAGUCUGAACUACGAGAGACUUUUGGUUAUCCGGCGAGUUUUCCAAGCGCCAUCUCCGUAAUCACACAGCCCAUGUACUUGCUUCGCUGGAUUUCACUGGAAGAACGAUUUUGUGCGGAAAAAAUGGAUGACAUUCUCCAGGCGGAAACGCCUUUCCAGCUAAUCGAUCCCAACACAUUUGAGGAUGAUUUAAAGAUACCCAGAUGUGCGGAUCAGUUUAUGCGACUGCUGGACGCUAUUAAAGAUCGUUACUAUGGAUUAAUUCAGCCCGGCCACCAACUGCAGUUCUUGCAACUCCAGCUGGAACUGAUCGAUAGCUUCCGACGACGUCUGGUGCAGCUCCACAGUAGUGGAGCCGUGCCCAGCAUUCCCGUUUUGAACGCCAUCAACUACUUAGUGAUGGUACUGCGGGAAUGGGGAGAGAACGUACACUAUCUGCACCUGCACGCAGCACUUUCCGGUCCAAAUGCACCGGAGAUUAAUUCGGUGUUUGAGCAUGCCGUUGCUGAGUUAGAGCACUGGGCCAGGCAACUGAUGCGGAAUCUGGCCACCAAAGCCACCAACGAGAUGAAGGCAAAAUCGAUGAGCUAUCGCCAUGACGCCUGGCCCACAAUGCCCGAGCAGAACAGCCGGGAGCCGUUUAUCCUCUCGCCCAGCGGUGGCGAAAUGUUCCAGGUGCUGGUCACCCUGCUCCACAAUCUGGAGCGUGAACUCUCCGCCAACCUGUUCAACCAGACGCUACGCUUGAUAGCCCAUCAAAUCGAUGAUUUCAUGCUCGAGAGCAUGGUCAUGAACACGAAAUUCGCACCAGCGGGAGCAGCGCAAUUCAAUUACGACAUGACGCGCAAUUUAUUUGCGCUCUUUGGACAGUAUACGCGACGUCCGGAGCUGCUCUUCAAAAGAAUACACGAUGCAAGCAAGCUGUUGACAGCGGCACGGGGAACGGCUUUGUUACUGCUGGAAACGCUGCGCAGUAGCCAGUCGGCGGAGGAAAAAUCGAAACCUCUGCGGGAACUGCAUGUGCUCAGCCUGGAUAGCAAACAGUGCAUUGAGGUUCUGGAGCGGAGAACGGACAUAAAGAUGUUUUAAACAAUGAAAAACUGCAAAGUAGAUAAAUAUUUUGUUUUACCUGAAAA